GUCUGAAAUUUUUUAAGAGCCGACAGACUGUGGUUUGAAAAAGCCAUUGAAUAUUCUCGGAUAAUUUCCAUUUUGCGUAAUCGUCAGCAGUGGCGGCCCCGGUUGAGUUAUUCAGUCAACUUGUGUAAAGUUGAUUUUAGGAGGAUUGAAGAUGAAGUUAGCUCCCAGAGAAAUCGAGAAAUUAAUGCUGCACAAUGCGGGAUUUCUCGCUCAGAAGCGCCUCGCACGCGGCCUAAGGCUUAAUUACACGGAAGCUGUUGCACUCAUAGCGACUCAGAUUUUGGAGUUUGUACACGAUGGAGACAAGAGUGUUGCCCAACUAAUGGAUAUCGGAAGACAGCUUUUAGGAAGGAGACAAGUUCUUUCAGCUGUUCCUCACCUGUUGGAUUCCGUGCAGGUUGAGGGAACCUUUCCUGAUGGUACAAAGUUAAUCACGGUACAUUAUCCGAUAUCCAGUGAAAACGGAAAUCUGGAGCUUGCUUUGCAAGGUUCUUUCCUUCCAGUUCCUUCACUUGAAAAGUUUCCCAGUGUGGAAGGCGAUCUAAUUCCCGGUGAAAUCAGGUUUGGAGCAGGAUGUAUUACGCUUAAUCCCGGAAGGAAAACAAUAAAGUUAAGAGUCAAAAACACUGGAGAUAGACCAGUUCAGGUUGGUAGCCACUAUCACUUUAUCGACGUAAACCCUUACUUAGUUUUUGAUCGAAGAAAGUCUUAUGGGAUGCGCUUAAAUAUACCAGCAGGAACAGCUACCAGAUUUGAGCCAGGCGAUGCAAAAACUGUUACUUUAGUACAAAUAAGUGGUAAGCAAAUUAUUCGAGGAGGAAAUGGUAUUGCUGAUGGUCAUUUCCAUGAUGCAAAUAUUGAAGCAACAAUGGAAAGGGCACUUGAGAGGGGGUUUGGUCACUUGGAAGAAAUGACUGAUAGAGCAUCUGCUACGGUAGAAGACUGUGAGACUGUACUCUCCCGUGAGGCCUAUGCUAACAUCUACGGUCCAACAACCGGUGACAAAAUUCGACUUGGCGACACUGACUUAUUUGCAGAAAUUGAAAGAGAUUAUGCUGCUUAUGGUGAUGAAUGUGUAUUUGGAGGUGGUAAAGUUUUAAGGCAAGGAAUGGGGCAGGCUUGUGGGUGUAAUCAGGUUGAUAGUCUGGAUACAGUCAUCACAAAUGCUGUUAUCAUAGAUUUUACAGGAAUUUUCAAGGCAGAUAUUGGCAUUAAAGAAGGUAUUAUUGUUUCUCUUGGGAAAGCAGGCAACCCAGAUGUCAUGGAUGGUGUUAUGAACAACAUGACAGUUGGGGUGAAUACAGAGGUUAUUGCUGGAGAAGGAAUGAUAGUUACAGCAGGAGCUGUAGAUUGUCAUGUGCAUUUUAUUUGCCCACAAUUGGCACAUGAAGCAAUCGCAAGUGGUAUCACAACAAUGGUGGGAGGUGGAACUGGACCUUCCCAUGGGACUCGUGCUACCACUUGUACACCGGCACCAUGGCAUAUGAAAUUAAUGCUGCAAUCCACUGAUGAACUGCCACUAAAUUUUGGUUUUACUGGAAAAGGUAAUACCUCUAAACCAGAAGGGUUACAUGAAAUUAUUAGUGCUGGUGCAAUGGGACUGAAGCUCCAUGAAGACUGGGGAACUACGACUGCUGCAAUAGACAAUUGUUUGACUGUUGCAGAUCAGUAUGACAUUCAGGUUAAUAUACAUACUGACACCUUAAAUGAAUCUGGAUUUGUGGAACACACAAUUGAUGCUUUUAAGGGUAGGACUAUUCAUACUUACCACAGCGAAGGUGCUGGGGGUGGCCAUGCUCCGGAUAUUAUCAGAGUUUGUGGUGUCAAAAAUGUUCUUCCCUCAUCAACAAACCCAACACGUCCUUUUACUUCAAAUACUAUCGAUGAACACUUAGACAUGCUGAUGGUCUGCCAUCACCUUGACAAGGAUAUCCCGGAGGAUGUUGCUUUUGCUGAAUCUCGGAUUCGGGCUGAAACGAUAGCUGCUGAAGACAUUUUGCAUGAUAUGGGUGCUAUUAGCAUCAUAUCAUCUGAUUCACAGGCUAUGGGUCGGAUUGGAGAGGUGAUUACCAGAACGUGGCAAACUGCUCACAAAAUGAAAUUGACAAGAGGACCAAUUGAAGGUGAUGGACCAGACAAUGAUAAUCUUCGGAUUAAACGUUAUAUAGCAAAAUACACUAUAAAUCCUGCAAUAGCGAAUGGAUUUUCUCAUUGUGUUGGGUCAGUUGAGGUGAAUAAGUUGGCCGACCUUGUUAUCUGGAAACCUUCCUUUUUUGGGGCCAAACCAGAACUGGUGAUUAAAGGUGGUGAAAUUGCAUGGGCGAACAUGGGGGAUCCAAAUGCUAGCAUCCCCACUCCUCAACCGGUUAUCAUGAGGCCCAUGUUCGGAGCUUUUGGCAAAGCUGGAAGCAGCAAUUCCAUGGCAUUUGUUAGCAAGGCAGCAGUUGAUUGUGGUAUAAAAGACACAUAUGGGCUCAACAAGAGAGUAGAAGCAGUCAGCAAUGUCAGGAAACUCACAAAACUUGACAUGAAGCUGAAUGAUGCACUUCCAGACAUCAAGGUCGAUCCUGAAACAUAUUUAGUGACAGCAGACGGUGUUGCCCUUACCUGCAAUGCAGCUACUGAACUUCCCCUUUCUAAAAAUUAUUUCCUGUUUUAGAAACCAUCAGUAGUAACUUCCAUACAAACUCAUUUAUGCAACAUGAAUGCACAAGAUUUUUGGCACGUAUAUGAAGACAGCUUAAUUAAGCUGUAAACCUUGGCUGUCUAUCAAGUGCCACGAAGCUCUCCUCUAUUCUUGGCAAUAAGAGGUCGAAGUAUAAGUCUCCAAGAAGGCAUGUGUGAGAUACAAUUUAAUUUUCUGUAAUUGACAAUAAGAGGCCGGAGUUUAAGCCUCCGAGAAAGUAAUUAUAUGCAUCCUCUUUUUGUGUUCAGAUGCAUAUGAAUUAGGUAUUCCUUGGGACCAAAAUUUUAUACUUUGUAUUAAAAGGAUAUUGUGAAAUCGAAUGGCUUCAUUUAUACUAAAAUGGACUUGUCAGAAUAA